AUGUUGUCGUGCUACACGCCGUUCCUCCUUGCAAUCGUGCGCCGCCGGGUUGCCGACACGGCCGCGGCGAGGAAUGUCACGGCGGAAAAGGGAGCGGCGACGAAGGCAGAGGGGGGGGAGGAGGACGACGAGGAGGAUGAGCUUCUGGAGAAUGGUUCGGCUUCGGCCGGUGGCGCUGCCGACGGGGAUUGUGACGAAGCUAGAGUUGGCAGUGGGGGUGAUGCACAUGACGAAACGCGACUCCAUGUGGUCCAGCAGGACGGCGGGAAGGUAGAGGCGACGGAUUUCCGCAAGGAUGGAGGGCAAGGUCGGGGGGCUACCACUGCUGCUAGUGUUUCUCUACCCGCGUCAUCGUGCCCCCGGGCUCUUUGCACGGAGGCCUUGCGGGCACUGUCCGAGUAUGCCGUGCUCAGUGCUGGGCUCGCGGCGGCAGAGGUGCUGCCGCUGGCGGAAGGCUUGGCCAGCGACACUCUUGAGCACCCACAGGUUCGCAACGCCGCGGUUGGCGUGCUGACGAGGAGGGAGCUAGCCACCGAUGAGAUCGCCGCUCACGCAUGCAGCCUGCUCGAGGACGAGAACCCUUGUGUUCGCCGGGAAGUCCUCGUCAGGCUAGGUCAGCUCAUGAAGGAGAGCAGGAUAAAAACUGGACACCUUUCUCGGUUUGCCCUGCUGUUGGUGGAUGUUUCGGAGGGGGUUCGUCAGGCGGCACAGAAGGUCUUCAUCGACCAUCUGCAGCCGCGCCCGGACACAGUGUGCAGGUGCCUCUUCGAGACGUUCUUCACUCUCGAUGCCGAGGAAGCGGUCAAGCGAAAAGUGCUGCAGCGCCUCGUCGCCGUGGCUCGCGAGGCGGCGCCGGGACAGGGGCUCGAGUCUCUCGGCGGCGCCCUCGUGCGCAAAGCAGCGGAGACGGGGGACUCGGAAGCGGCCUUCUUUUUGUCUCUGGUCCCGCCGACGGUGAACUCUUUCGAGGCUGCGGAGGUCGCGCUGAGGCGAGGGCAGUUAGCUCAAUCACCUCACGCGACGAUAUUCCUCGUGGCGACACACUUUUCAAGAGGAGCACAGCGAGGAGCCGGAUCAUCGUUAGCAAUUACCGCUUCCGUUGCCGGGAGAGGUGGCGGGGCCCCCUUGUCGAAAGCACAGGCGCUCGAAAUGGCAGCCCAGAUCGGAUCGCUUGCCUCCCGGGGGGCUAGUGCCAGUAUAUUCUCUCGCCGUGCCAAGGUUGCCGCAGCCAUCGCCACAGGUGCGGCCGCCAUGAACACGGUGCCCGCCGCACGACCACGCCGUGGGAAGAAGACCGAUCAGGCAGCGGCAACGCAAGGCGGACAAGGGUACAGUAGUGGCAGCGACGACACCUCUUUGACCUCGGUUGUUGAGUGUCAGCGGGGAGACAGAUACACGGGAUUGCGGGGGUUCGACAAUGGUGCCCGCAAGACGGGUGUUGGUAGCAGAAAGGGCUCGAAGAGAAGGAGGAGGGAGCGCGAGACGUCCAGAACUCGUGCCGGCGGUGCCGGUGGUGGAAAGGCGAAUGCGCAAGCGAACAGAGAAGAAAGUGAUGACCGCAUGCAUGUUUCUGUAGAGGGCGACGGGCACGAGCAUGGGGAGGAGGAGGAGGAGGAGGAGGAGGAGGAGGAGGAGCAGUGGCAGAGGUAG